CAAUCGUCGAAUACCUCGCCGAGCACGAAAAGGCGAAUCUCGCGCAGCAGGACACAUUUGGCAGAUCCGCCAUCUUCUACGUCUUAGGAGACCAUAAGAUCCUAGAGGGUUUCUGUGCCCGGUUCAAAGACGGUACUGGCGUAUACGGGUUGGACUUCCAGGAUGACUUGAAAUGGACCCCCUUACACUAUACGGCCCUCUUGUCACGGCCAGAUUGUACCGAAGUUCUUCUUAGGAUGGACGCCAACACCCAAGUCAAAGACAGAAAUGGGAAGAUGCCGAUCGAUCACGUUAAUCUGGUUUCUAACAUAGGGAGGAGCCAUCUCCUCAUUUUUGCCUUGAAAGAAUUGGUUCCAUGUUAUCCGAAUUUUGUGUUUGGAAUUUCUUAUCGCAGAAAAAUACAAGAGCCGGUAGAAAUCGAUUUGAAAUUUUUUGAUGAGCGAGUCUUAACCCCGAAGAACGAGUCGGCCUGGCUUCAUAUUCCAUGGACAAACGGCGUCAUCGUAUUUGCUAUCCUCCGACGACUGGAACAACAAUCAGGGCUCCCGGAUGGGGAGUUUUCUUACUCUUCUUGGUUCCGGGACCCUGCUGUUGUUGCUGGUAAUCAGGACCUGAACUACCGCAUGCCUUCUUAUGAAUCAAAUUUUGGAAAGCGUCCAAAUGUACAUACUCCUGGACCGUGGUUUCCGUAUGUAUCCAUUGUGUUUCCAUUUAUCGCACUUCGGACCAAAACGAGCCAAAGGUUGGCAAGGUUAAAGACUUCCGGUUCGAGGGCUGCUGUGACGAAUGGCUUUGCUAGGAGUGUGAUACGAUUCGAGCGUACGCUUGACGAGACAUAUUACCCUUCUCUUUCCGCUGAAGCCCUCGAAGCUCGAAAUGAGGACCAAGUGGUUUCAAGAGAAUGGGUGGAAAUACGAGACCCAGAUUCUGAUGACGGUGAUCCAAUGCCAAUUUUAAUGGUACCCCAAUUGUGGAUUUGGCGAUUACAUGAUCAUAUUGUAACCGCCUCUCCUACGGAGGGACUGCUUCCCGGGAAGGAUGCGUAUGGUGAGGAUGUUGAAUUUGAUAGAAACGUGGGAUCAACCGAAUCUCAGUACUUUAAAGACAUGGAACCGAAAUGGAUGAAGUGGGAUUCGUGGUAUACUGGAAUACAAAUUGGAAUCAUCAUAGCACGCCAUAUCACAGCAUUCGGAGAAUCGCAGGCGGGUGGCCGUUUCAAGUCACCUCUCGAUAUCUUUGAGAGAGGUGUAGUCAGGGUUCUAUUAGACGUCGAAGCAUACAUGGAUCCAAACAGACCAUCACGGCCCAUUAUUGAAGAAGAACGCGAAUUUAUGCAUAGAAUUACCGACAUUAGAGAGGAACUUGCUAUGAUACAAGAAAUUCUAGGCCAGCAACGGGAGAUACUCGAGAGACUAAUUCAGGACUAUGAACACUAUAAUCCUGACUCACUUUCGUUUAUGGACCCGGGACAAGAUAUAAGGGACCCGAAUGCCAAGUGGGAGAUCGUGAAAUCAUCCGGAACCAAGCUUCGUGGGUACCAAAAAAGGGUGGAUAGGAUUGACAAGGAUGCGGAGAGAAUCGAGAGGGUGAUUCAAGACCAGCUGAGCCUCAAGCGAACGCAUGCUAGUAUUAGCGAUGCUCGAUCCGGGCUAAUCCUCAGCGCCGCUGUUGCUGGGCUCACUAUUAUCACGAUCAUAUUUACGCCUCUAGCCUUUAUGGCGAGCCUGUUUGCUUUACCCCUCGACAGACUGCUUAGUAAUCAAUUUGAAUUUAACAGGCCGGGCGGGACCGACGACGCGAAUGGGACAGGUUCUACGGCUGCGUACACGACAAAAUACAUUGCGAAAUGGUUUACUGUGGUCGAGUUUGUGUCAUUAGCGACAACAUCGUUCCUAGUAGCGCUGUGCCUUUGGUUUUUUGGGGGCACAGAAAUCCUGACUGCAAUAUGGGAAACCCAUUCUAGGAAAACGGGGAUUGGGAGGCGUACCCAGUCCACAAUUGGAGAAGACCUACCAGACUUUUCGGUCGUGCGAAGCAAGGAAAGUCAAGCCCUGUAUAAAGGAAUUAUCCUGAGCGCAAAUUUGCCUUGCCAUGCAACCGUUUAACGUUACGGAUCCGGUAGAGAUGAGUUGUGGUACAAUAGGGGCAACUGGCUGACUAAGCAAACGAAAUAGGGGUGCAAAAUUUUAUAGCGAGCGGCAUAGAGGCG